UAAUAGGUUGAAGUGACGGUAUCCGAUAAAAAGUCAAUCUUUUUUUGAGUUGCAUUUGAAAAAGUUUCCUGUUGAAAUAAAAUGGCCGUUUCACUUGUGUGAAUUUUAAUACUACCAGUUACAUAUAAAUUGAAGAAGUGCGUUAGAUAUACAUAUAUUUAUCUGCUUCUAUCAUUGUUAAAUUUGUUUCUUGAAAUUAUAAGGAUGGCGGUGAACGUUUAUUCGACCAAUGUUACCUCUGAAAAUCUCUCAAGGCAUGAUAUGCUCUCAUGGGUAAAUGAUUGUCUACAAAGUAGUUUUGGAAAAAUAGAAGAACUUUGCACAGGUGCUGCUUAUUGCCAGUUUAUGGAUAUGCUUUUUCCUGGAUCUGUCCAGUUGAAGCGUGUUAAGUUCAAGACUAAUCUCGAACAUGAGUAUAUUCAAAAUUUCAAAAUAUUGCAAGCUGCUUUCAAGAAAAUGGCUGUUGACAAGAUAGUACCGAUAGACAGACUGGUGAAAGGACGGUUCCAAGAUAACUUCGAGUUUCUUCAAUGGUUCAAGAAAUUCUUCGAUGCCAACUACAAUGGCACAACAGGUUAUGAUGCACUGGAAGCCAGAAACCAUGAACAGAUGGGCAAUGGUGGAAGCAAUGCUCCCAAAGGAGGAAUGAUGCACAGAAAACCUGCAGCUUCAUCUGCUGCAUCCACUGCUUCUAAAGCCAAGCCAGUUGGUAGAGCCAUGGUUAAAGCGAAUCCAGUUCGUCCAGUUCCAAAUACAAAAAGUAAUCUCAACAAAGGAGGUGAUGCAGAUAGGGUUGAAGAAUUGAAUCAUCAGCUCUCAGAAUGUAAGCUGACGAUAGAUAGCUUGGAGAAAGAGAGAGAUUUCUACUUUGGAAAGUUGAGAGAUAUUGAGGUUAUGUGUCAGGAAACAGAUGAAAGUCCAUUGAUACAGAAGAUUUUAGAUGUUCUUUACGCUACUGAAGAGGGUUUUGCUCCACCUGAUGAGGUAGAAGUUGUUGGGGAAGAAGAAUAUUAAACUAAUUUUUUUAUUUCAAACCCUUUAAGAUAUACAGUUAUUGAAAAAAGAAAUAGCAGUUAUUUGUCUUGUUUAAAUUGAAUGUGUAAAUUAUUAGAUCUUGCAUCGAUUUUAUACGAGUGUUUACAGUUAUCAAUUUGCUAAUGUUAUCUUUCAAUUUAUGGAUAUGAGUUUCUAAAAACUAAAUCGCUUGUGUACAAUGAAUAUAAUACAGUUUAUUUGAUAAA